CGUAAUCUGUAUGCUUUAGAAAAGAAGAAAAAAAUUUGUGUAAUGUGGAAAGAACUACAAAAAUCGCCAUCGUUUUUCUUAUUGUUUGAGAAGAAAUGUAAAUAUCAUAUUCUAAUUACGGAUUACAUCAAGAUAUGGGAGGCUUAUUAUACUGAAGAUGUUUUUCUAAAAUGCCUGAAGGAAAGUAAUUUUGGCUUAGAAAUCAACACACUUGAGCUCACUGAAAAUGGAACCCAAAUGCUUCUAAGUCCUAUGGAAUGUAAAAGUUUAAAUAUAUUGCAUAAUGAGUCAUUACUUAUUGUGUCUAUGACUAGGUUUUAUGGUUACCCGUUACACCUAAGAAUUGAGCUAAAUGAAGGAUCUCAUGAAUUGUUUUUUCAAGAAGUGACACAACGACUUUUAAAAACAAUUAAAGAUUUAAAAGGUAGUGAAAAAGAAUUACGUAAAGUGCUUAAGAAGAAAGAUGAAGAAAUUGAUGAAUACAAAUCAUUAGGUGGCAAAAUACGAUAUACUGCACUUUCUCCAUAUGAUGAUGAAACACAUAUGAAAAGACAUUCAGAGUAUGAAAAAAAUUUUGGUGAAAUGGAGAUUUCAAAUGUUCUUCUAGAUAGAGUACUCAUUAAUUCUAAACCAAACAACAAAGAAAUAGAUAUUGACUGUAAGAAAAGUAUAAAACAAGAAUCACUUUCACAAGAAUCUGUCACGUCAAAUGAAGCAGCUAGUGGUUCAAAUGAGAUAAAACAAGAAUCUAUAAAAAAUGAAAUAACUCCAAUAAUUCCAACACGAACCAAGAGAAAAAAAAUUCUGAACAUAUAAUGAAUUAUGACAAAUGUUGUAUAAAAUAUAUAUGUUGUUUUAUGAAAAACUAUGAAAUGGUAAUGUUUUAGUGAUAAUUGUACUAAAUAAUUUAAAGGUGAAUAAUUUUGUCCUUUGAAAAGUUUAUAUUCCUUUUUAUAUAUUUUAUUUAUUGAUCAUUUUAACCAACAUUUUGACAAAGUUGCCUUGGCAGUGACAUGACUGAAAAAGCAAAAUGAUAUAAGUUUUUAAAAUUCUCUCAAUUUUUUUUUAAUGAAUUUUUGUCUAUGAUAUAUAAUAUAUAUCAUUUAAAUGUGCAGCAUUUUUAAAUAAAUAAAAUUACGUAAUUUACGGAUGGUAAAUUUUUGUAAGCAGGUGUAAUGAAAAACAUAUUUUACAAUAUUUUUUAUUAGUAAUAGAUUGAACUAGAUCCAAUUGUGCCUCUGAAAUUACAAUAAUCCAUUGAAGUUUUUCUUAUUAUUUUUGAUGUCGUCACUAACAAAUAAAUAAAUCUAUAACAUUAAUUUACUUUAUGCAUUCUGUAUUAUUAAAUAAACUUAAGGAUAUAUAAACAAAAUAAAAAUUUGUUUUCUGAAGUUCAU